GGCGCACAUAAGCGUCAGUGAGUUUACGGCGCAUGCGCAGAAUAAGCCGCGCGGGCACUUCCGCGUUGAGGAACUCUAGGAAAAGCCCGCUCUGAACGAGGCCCUUUUGGCACCUUCAGCGGUUUGGUCCAUCGCUCUUGAGUGUAUAUUUUUCCCCAAGGCCGUCCUGCCUUUUGUGGGGACGCCUGUGCCUGUCUUCAAAGCCUUGGGUCCCGGCAGUAUGCCGGUGAAAGUGGUGCGAGGCUCACCCAGGGUCCUCAAGAAUUCUCUGCCGAAGAACCUGCGACAAGUGGGCCUCCAGAACCUGCAGUUGGGCCGCGACUACUCAGAGGCCUGCUUUGAGGGAACAGUUGUCAUUUUCUCUCAAUUAACUAGACUUCAAAAUGGAACACCUUUCUUCAAAAUUGUACUCCAAGAAUCGAAAAAUUCAUCUUCCAUAUCAAUUACCAUCAAUACUUUAUUGUUUGGGAAACUAGCAGAAGUCUGUGCCAGACUUGUACACCAAGGGGACACUGUUGUGGUGGCUGGGUUUGGCUUGGCAAAAUCCAUUAUUGGAGAUGGCAGACAUUGCUGUCAUCUGGAAGCAUCUGAUGAAGUUGGAUCAACUCUUUAUAUUUGUCCUAGGUCAUCAAGCACAGGGAAAGCUUCAGAAACAGUAGCCGUGCCUAUUGCCCCCAAGUAUUCAUAUACUCCUUUGAAUAAGCUGAAAGGUGGUACUGUUGUCAACAUAUAUGGUGCUGUGAAAUUCUUCAAGCUUCCAUAUAAAUGCCAAGGAGGAGAUCAUUGUUUAGUAGUAACCAUUGUGGACCAAUCCAAUACCAAGUUGAUAUGCACACUUUUUAGUGCAGACAGAGAUACUCUUCCACAAAUCUACAAUAAUGGCGACAUUGUUCGAUUUCACAGAAUAAAGAUCAGAGAGUUUGGUGGCCAAAUGCAAGGGAUUACGAGCAAUGGGUUUGCAGCACUUACAUUUGAUGGCACCAUAGGGGCAAGUUUAGUUCCUCGUACAACUAGCAAAACAUCCACAUUCACAGAUGAAGACAAGAAAAUAGUAGAAGAGUUACGCAUUUGGUUGGCACAGAAUCUUACCAUCUCUGCCCCUGCUGCUAAAUUGUGUGACAUUCAGCCACCAAUGUUCUUUCAACUCACUUGUCAAGUGGUAGGAAAAGCAAAAGUAGAUGGAUCUUCCUAUCUCCUCAAGGUAUGGGAUGGCACCGAAUGUCCCUUUCCAUCCUGGAAAGUGUUCGUUAAAACAGAUGACUUGGAAGGAGAUGGCAAUCUUAUUCAUCAGCUAAGAAAUCUGACAGUGGACAUUGUACUGUAUGAUAAUCAUGUGCAUUUGGCAGAAUCACUGCAGGUUGGAAGCAUUAUUAGACUGUACAGUUUGCAUGUAAAAAUCCACAGCUCUGAAGAAAAGCCUGAUGUUUCAUACCUACGGUUUGAGCUUCAUGGUGGUACUGGCUAUGGUCGUGGGUUUACAGUAUUGUCAGAAAGCCACACAGAUGCCGUGCAAUUAAAGACAUUCUUGGACACUGUUGACUUGACAUCAAGUGGUUAUUCAGAAGCAUCGUCUUUUCCAGAAUUUGAGACCACUUAUAUUCCAUUAGGAUCCGGUGUGGACAGAUGCCAACAAUUAUCUGUUACAGUGCUAACUGAUCAUCAGCACCUGGAUAUGACAGCACUGAAUACUAUUAUCAACAGCAGGCAUCCCCAGGAAUAUCGUGUCAGAGCUAAGCUGAGAACAUUUGAACCUGAGAAGCUCCAUCUGUCUGUUAAACUCCACUGUCCUCAGUGCCAUUGUUUACAGGAAGUUCUGGAUGAGUCCGAGCUCAAUUUAAUCAUUCAAGAAACUUCAGCUUCAUGCUCAGAUCCAAAAUUACAAAAUAUAUCCUUCUGUACAUCCUGUAUGUUCGGCAGUGAAAACCAGGGGCAACGCCGUGUGCCUGUUUAUUUUGUAAAGCAUGCUGACCAUCAGAAUCCAGAAGACAGCGUGAUUCUUCUAGAAGGUGGAAUGGUAGAUGAAAUUUUAAAGUUAUCAAAAAUAGUUAAAGGAAUUAUACCUGUGAAAUCUGCAGAGGACAGUCUUGUGUUACUAGAUCUUUCAGCUCCAUUUUUUUGGCAAGGAAAUACUCAGUAUUAUGGGUGCAAACAUUGUUCAAAGCCAAAGACAGUGUCAAACCUGAGCUGCAUUGCUGCACUGGAAAACCCAUCAUGGGAUCCCACAACAAUAGCACAAGCUUUAGGAGUUGUGCCACUCGAAUAUGUCUUUCUAAUGAAGUUUACACUGGAUGAUGGAACUGGAUCACUGGAUGCAUAUCUCAUGGAUUGUCAAAAAUUCUUCCAAAUUCCAGCUUCUGAAGUCUUAACCAAUAGCAUUUUUCAAGAGAUUAUGAAAAGGCUCAUGAAGAAACUUUGCCCUGAGCACAAUAAUCUAGAUCAGUUGCCAUGGCUGGAAUGCUUCAUCAGAUCAUAUUAUGUUGAGGAUGAAACUGAAGAAAAACUUUGCUAUCAGAUUUUUAACACUACAAUUGCUGAAGAUGUCUGACAUACAUCUGAUUACUUAGAAGAUUCAGUGGUUUUAACUUUCUUUUAAAAAAUCAAUAUAUCAGAUAUGCUGAUGGUUUAUUGAAAGUGUGCUUUUAUUAGAUAUGCAAAUAGUUCCUUUGUACUGAAUUAACAUAGAGUUUUCACAGUUUAAAUAUCUGCUGUUCUGUCUAUGUUAAUUGAAAGUUCUUAGUGUUUCUUCAGGAUAAGGAAGUGUGUUCAAAGGGAUACUCUGCAGAAAUUUCAGCUCAUAAUCCCACAAAAUAUUCUAAUGAACCAAAUGCAUCCUGAUGUGAUAAUCUUUAAAGAGUCUAAAGGAACUGCCAUAUGAUCUCCCUCCCCCCUUAGUCAUGGAACAAGGGUUAUACAACUUCAGGCUAUCAUCCAAAAACAUUGAGUCCAAUCCUAUGUUCAACUUUUUGAUAAAUGUUGAUCAUUAUAGUGGUGCCUCUACUGGUUAUAACCCUUCCUUCUGUAUAGUUGUAUAAAAUGCUGCUUUAGUAGUUACAGUGCAGAAACACCAUAUGGUAGCAGACUUGAGAUGUACAUUGAUGCAGUUAAAAUUUUAUAUUUCCACAGUAACAGCAUCCUAUUUCACACAGAUGAAAAAUAUCAAGCAAAAUUUGUGGUCUUCUAUUUAUCAAAUUUUUUAUUGUAAAUAUAAACAUGGAGAAUAGAAUAUGGAUAUGUCAAUCCAAAUCUGUUAAUAUAAAAUGAGAAAUGACAAAAUAAUGCUAAGUGCCCUUUAAGAUCAGUGUUGUAUGUGAUAGUACUUUCACACGUAUGUAUAUAUCCAUUAUGUAGUACAUGUCUUAGCUACAUUUGGUCUUGGAUUACACUCCUGUUGAUCUGCUUUUCCCUUUCAUGUAAUCAGAUUUAGGUGCCUGUUUUAGAAAUAGGGACUUCAAGUCAGUGUACUAAUUAACUCCCAUAGUGAAACUAAUUACUUGGUUUUGUUUAUCUGCACUCCAGUGACAUGUUUGUUUUUAAUAAAAAUGCAUACAUAACAGUUUAUAUCCAAAGGAGAGAACAGUAUUGUAUUAAAAUUAAUGUCAUGCUUGCCCUAUUAACAGUGCAUUCCAAGCCAUGUCAAAAUACUUAAAUUUUUGCCUCUGGCUAAAUUUGUCUCAAUAAUAAGAUCAUGAGGUUUCUGGACAAUAAUACAUUGUUCUUGUAGUAGUCUCUUGAAAUUGUCAUUGGACUUCUUCUGUACUGCCCAUCCUGAUUUAGAGAAACAUUUAACUGUAAACUUGGUAGUAGCCGUUUUAGCAAUUACCUUGGACAGAAUCCUAUCAGAGUCUUUUGAUUUCCGGUGCAAAAUUGAGAGAACUAUUUUCACAAAUGUGAAUGGGCCUGCUUCCUUUCCUUUGAACAUGUAACUCUUGCAAUAAAGUCUUAAAAACA